GGGGGCGCAGGUGGGAAGGGCAUUGUCAUUCCACGGUGUGUCCCGUGCUGGUGCUAAUGCUGGUCCUUCUCGCCUCGCCUCGCCUCCCAAGUCCUGAGGGCUCUCCUCAGGCAAGGCUCCUCAUCAGGCGUCGUGUUCUCUAAGGAAGAGCCGGAGAUUCCUUUGGCAGUGCCUGUGUUCCCAACAGGGUGCUGUACCAAGUCGGUGUUCGUAGGCAGAAGAGCCUUUGGCAAUAAAGCACCAUGUGCCAAGUGAAGCAGGCGGCGCCGGAAUCCAGACAGAGCAGUUAACUGGGAUGCUGCUGUGUUUGUUAUUAUCCAGGUGGUGCGACCCUGGCACAGGUUGCCCAGGGAAGCUGUGGAUGCCCCAUCCCUGGCAGUGUUCAAGGCCAGGUUGGAUGGGACCUGAACAGCCUGGUCCAAUGGAAGGUGUCCUUUGCCCAUGGCAGGGGGAUCGAAACCAGAUGGUCUUAAAAUUCUCUUCUAGCCCAAAGCAUUCUGUGAGUCUACACACUGUAAAACAUGCAUAUCAGUUGAACAUAAACUACUUCUGGAAAAGAGAGGAAGUGCAUUGCCAGUAAAGCAGUAAAGCCAUUCAGUCUCAAUGCACAACAAGUGCUGUUCUUGUUUAGGAGGAUGUUUUUGCUAAGAACUUUGUUUAAUUUGAGCUGUUCUUGUGGCUCCUGGACCGGUAGAAACAGUGCUAAUAAUGGGAGUUGAGACCCUUCUCAAAAUGCUACCUGAUGCCUAUAAAUGGUAUGCACACGAUUUUGAAUUAGCCAGUAAUUCCUUCAAGCAUUUUGAAUUUGUGUCACCUUUGAGAACAGUUCUCUUGUUUUUAUGGCUUUACAUAUUCAUGCCUUCAGGUCUUUCCUCCAUACUUCUAAAGUAUCCUGGAAUCUACCUGCUUACUGUAGACUUUAUGACAAGGGUAAUAGAUGUGGAUUGAACAUAAGAUUUUUGAAAGCCAUGAGAAUAACUAUCUCCUUAGUAAAUGGUUUAUUCUGGAGGCCGAGAUGGCCCUGGAGGACUCUUAAGUGUGUUGACAGGCACAGAUGAUCAUGCCUUGUGGGCUUGUGAAGGCAUGUCCUCUUGUUCAAAUGACAUCAUUGAUUUAAUUGAUCAGAGUCAAGGCCCUGAACUGAGGGAGGGAGCUGAGGUCUGACCAUUUUAAUGGGAACAUGAGAAAACAAAACAUUACUAAGAAAAGCCUAAAUUGCUUUCCUCAGCUUUGAAGAAGUGCAGAGUACUUCUCUCUGCCUGCUCUCAGUAGGAUAGAACAUAGUGAAAUACUUAUCCAAGAAGAAGAAUCAAAUCUCUAAGCAUGUAGAUUUUUGUAACCGUUUGGAGCUUUUGGUUAUUAGAGUACAGCCUCUAUCUGUUAUCACAAAGAGGAUUUUUUCAGAUUUUUUUUUUUUUCAAACAGAAAAGACAUACAGCUAGCUUGGAAAAAAUGGGGGGAUGAAGGAUGGUGCUAGAAGUGCCUCCUGCUCUGAACUGCUGCCCCAGUAGCACUGGCCAGAACAGGGAUGCCUACUUUUAGUCUCCAGUAUUUGUCUUCUUCAGGUCUCUAUUUUUCCUGGGUUGAAGUGACCAGGAAACAAGUGAAGCAUCCAGGAUACUAACUGCACAUUGUUUGAUUUGUGCUGGAGGGUGUUGUUUCACUUCUUGGAAGAAAAAGUGAACUUGAGGACAUAUUUAGGAAGAGUGCCAAAGUAUUUUGCUUAAACAGUUAGAGUGGAUGAAUUUCUGACCUUUUCUGGGAGUGGGGCAAUUUUUUUUUCUCUGAAAGAUUCCCUGAAAUUUACUUAAAAUUUUUCCUUGGGGAAGUUGUUGCAGAAAGUUGACACAUUAGGAAAUAUAUGCAAAUAGAGGUGAGCACUUUCAGAGUUUUCAGAAUUUUAUUGAUGAACAAAGAAUGAGCUGAAUUCUGAAAGGGACUGUUCUUCUAAAAGGUAUUCUGGCAUAGCUCUUGAUAGGCUUAAACUUGUCUAGCUGCUUUUUGAACUUUCAUAAAUUUGCAGCAUGUACACCAUACCAUGGGAAGAAAUUCCAUAGGUUGCCGUCUGGUUCAUGAAGUGUUUCUUUCACUUACUUUGAACUUGACAUGUGCAACCUUUGAUAGGUGUCUCCCCUGUAUGUCAGAAAAAAAUGUGAUUCUUUAUUUCCUAUUUGGUUUUGUCAAGAUUUUGUAGACCUGUGCUAUAUGCUUUCCUCAGUUCUUUUUCUUCCAUCCUUCAGAACCCCAGCUGUGGUAGGCAUUGCUUGUGUGGGAGCCACUCUUGCUUUUGGUGUGAACUUUCUCUGUAAAUACAGGAAAUGCUUCAAGGACCAUCAGAAGAUGUGUUCGCAAAGAUGGAAAAUUCAGUUGAAGACAUGGAUACCUCCGAUACCCAGUGGGGCUGGUUUUAUUUGGCUGAGUGUGGUAAAUGGCAUAUGUUUCAGACCGACUCAAACAGUCACUGCUCUAUUAGCAGUGAAGAUAUUGAAAGGAGUUUCCGAACAGACCCUCGUGGAUCUCUUUCUUUUACCACUGCAAAGUUUAACUACACACUGGAUUUUUCAGUGAUGAAGCAAAUCAACCUAACUACCCUUAAACAGCGUCCAAUAAAGCGAGCUCCCUUUGCAAUAAAUUCAUUCAGUUUCAUCUGUGAAAAUGAGGCUAUCCCUAUGCCUUCACACUGGGAGAAUGUAAAUACUGAGGAGCCAUACCAGCUUAUUCCAUUGCAAAAGAAAACAAAUGAAUAUAAUGAAGUUUCUAGUCUCUUUGGAAAAACAAUGGAUAGCCACCGAAUUAAAAGAAUUAAGAGAAUACAAAAUCUAGACUUGUGGGAGUUUUUUUGCAGGAAAAAAGCUCAACUGAAGAAGAAAAGAGGUGUCCCAACGAUUAAUGAGCAGAUGCUGUUUCAUGGCACAAGUAAUGAAUUUGUAGAAGCAAUAUGUAUUCAUAAUUUUGACUGGAGAAUAAAUGGGAUGCAUGCUGCUGUGUAUGGAAAAGGGACCUAUUUUGCAAGAGAUGCCUCAUAUUCCAGCCAUUUCUGCAAAGAGAGCAUGAAGCAUGGAGAUACUUUCCAGAUUCAUGGUGUGAACCUGCAGCCUCAUCUGCAUAGACCAGAUAAAGUCAUGUUUCUUGCUCGUGUAUUGACUGGUGACUAUAUCGGCGGUGAUUCAAAAUACAUGAGGCCUCCUUCAAAAGAUGGAAGCUUUGUGAACUUGUAUGACAGCUGUGUGGAUAACACCUGGAACCCAAAGAUCUUUGUCAUCUUUGAUGCCAACCAAAUCUACCCCGAGUACUUAAUAGAAUUUUGUUAAGUUUGAACUGAGUAUUGUUUGUGGUUUUUUGAUACUUUUAUUCCUUUUGUAAAGACAUCAACAUAGAAACAUGAUGCAUGAAACAGAGGUGAAAGAAAAGCUGACACACAUUUGUGGAGGAGGGAAGCUAUUUAACAGAGGCUGGUGAGCUAUUUUUAAAAAUCUGUAAAAAGCUGUAAACUUUACUAAUGCAUUUUUCAAAUAUAGAGACUAUUACAAAUCUGAAGUUGCUUAGUGAGCCUUAAAUAUAUUGGUAAGUUUUCAAGGGCAAGACUUAUGUUUUGAUUUUCUGAAGUAUAUUAAAAGUGGUAGAAAUAUGCCUCUAAUACAGUAUGCAUAUGAUGAAACUAGUCUUUUAUAAAGAUUGCCUAUAAACAUAAAUUAAGAACAACAACAGCAAAACCCCAGGGGAGAUGGCUACACGUGUGUCUGUGUGUCUGUGUGUGUCUGUGUUCUGUAGUACGUUACUUUGUUUGAAGAUCUCUUAGUUUGGAUUCUAAAUCUAAAAAAAAAAAAAAAUCUACAGCUCCUUCAUCAGUUUCCUCCAGAUAAAGUUCAACAAAGCUGUCAGGUUUAAUUUUAUGUACAUUUUACUGUAAGCUUCAGUUAUAUACUGGGAAAAUAACAAAGCCCUUUCAAUAGGAUUUGACCAUAGGUUUUGCUGGAAAUGAGGCUCAUAAACUUGUGGUUGUUAAUUCUUUGGUAUGGAGCUGUUGGGCUCACUGUUGGGAUACCGACAGUGCCAUACACCUUUCUCAGGUCUUAUCCUAUGGAAUUUUUGCCAACUCAUUAGAGUAUUCAUGUGCUACUGUGAUUCCUGUCUGGUCAGAGUUCAAGACACAUUCAGUGGUCAUAUAUUUGGUUUUACUGAAGACAAUGUUUAGAUUAACUUAACUGGAAACAAUACAGUUAAACUAACAAGGAAAAUUUCACAAGAUGCAAUCCUUUAGUUUUUAAAUACUAUAAUAGAAAGCUUUCAGUUACAGUAGACGGGGUUUUCAUAACUGGUAUGUCUGUAAAGUUGAAGAGUAUUUUUCACAUGUAGAAAGAGGAAAAGAAACGAUAUUUGGGUAAAGAACAAACCUGAGUACCUAAACACAUGAAGAGGCUGAGGAAGGGGCUAUUACAAUGAAAUGCCCUGUCAUGUGAAACAAUUUGCUAUGGAAUUGUGUCCCUAGUUGUCUUUGUUACAGGACCUAAGUAGCACUAAUGGACAAAGUUGAAGUUGAAACCUUUCCAGGCUUUUUCUUUGGGUAUGGCCAGUAACAAAUCCCUGUAGAAUUGGUAUAUAAUUGUUGCAGAUGUGGAAUGGUUUGUGCUGGUUUGUUACAGAAUUGUUAAUGAACUUUUUUGAUCAAAGACUGUGUUUAAAAUGCCUUGCAUUUAAAGGCACUGCAGCUGCUGCCAUGAUCAGGUCUGCUCAGAGUCAUACUAAAGCAGUGGAACUGGAAGCAGAAGAUGGCAACACAUCUGGCAUUGUAACUGAGGACACAAAUAUCUCCUGAGUGCUGUUACUGUUGUCUGUCAGUGGAUCUUGCACAAGUUGUGUAUCUGUUUCUAUUUGUAAUUUCAUGGCAAUUUUCUUGUCCCUAAACCAUUUAGGGCUAAAAUGCAUUUUCCUUUAUUUUAGGAAGUAUGAUUUCUGAUCCCAGUUGGGAACUCUAGGUUCCACUCUUGUAGGUAUGAUUUGUGUUUGAUUCACUGCUAUGCUAGCUCUGCAAAAGGCACUUUGUUCCCCACAUUGUAUGAAACAAUAGCAAAUCACGCAGGGAAUUUGUGUAUUACUGAAUCCUUUUUAUUAUUACACAGUAUUCUACAGAGCAUACAUUUUAUGAAACUAACAAAUACAUGUGCUGUUGUUCCUUUUAUUUUGUCUUUUAUUUCUUCUGAAACUGAUGUUUUUUGUUAAGAAAACAGAAGUUUCUUUUUUAGCACCUCAUGAUGGACACAAAGUACCACAACCUUUACUGAUCUCAAAGACUUUUCUGAUUGAUUGUGCGGUGGUGUCUUGUUUACUGCUUAAUUUUAAUUGAAUGGCACAAAUCUUAAUCCUACUGCACAAUGGAAGUUUUACCUCUUCUUUCAGUGUUCAAUGUGUUCUGCUUUUUGUGUUGAUGAACUUUGUUAUUGAAGAUGUCUGUGAAAUAAUCGUCCUUUCUCUGGCAAGGGGAGAGUGAUUAUUAUUGCAAGCAAAGUCCAGAACUGUGCAAGUAGCCAAUACAGGAAAUACUUGGACUUAAUAAAAGGAACAGUGAGAAAGAAAGGGAGGAAAAUUA